AUGGAUCUGCUACUAGAAAAUGGUUAUUAUGCAAGCUUUUUAGGAUAUUUUAAGAAUGAACAUGGUGAUGAAAGAGAUUUUCUUCUAAAGCAAUAUAAGGAAGUUAUUUCUGGAAAUGAUGUAAAAGAACUUCAAUUAGUUUUUGAAACUGUAUUAACCCUAAAGAACAAUUAUUUACAAUCUAAAGACACCACAAAUGAUAAGAUUUUAUUAGCGAGUUGGCAAUAUCUCUACAAGCUAUUUAUUGAUCAUAUAAAUUCAGUAGAAUAUAAUAAUGACAUCAAAUACUUUGAUCCUAUUAAAAGUAGCGUAAUAUGUGUAGAUAUUCUGGACCCUCAAUUAAAGAAAAAAUUGUCAAAAAAUGACUUGGAUAAUUUAUUAGAAAAAUUAUCUAUUCCAAUCAAUGAUUCUAAUGCUUUACAUAUAAAGAGCUAUGUAGAUGAUAUUCCAAAUUGGUAUACUGGUUUAAAUACUGCACUGUUAUGCAAUAAUUCAAAAAAGUCAAAAAUUUCUUCAAAUUGUAGUCAUGAAGAAAAAAUACAAUGUGAAAUAUAUCAAACUAUUUUGAACCAUAUUGGUGAGAUAACAUCUACUAGAUCUACUCAAAGAAAAUGCCUUUAUAAAUUAUUUGGAUUAAAUAAGAAGAAAAGUACAAUAGGUUGCCAUUGUGAUUUAAUUUUAUGUGAUCAAUAUGAUUAUGUACAUUUGGUUGGUGAAGUGAGUGAACCACCCUCAAAAAAACUUUCAAAUAAAGAAAGAUUUGAUCUUGAAAAAACAAUAGAAACAUCUGUUCUUGAUCAUAUGAUGCAACAAAUUUAUUGUUCAAGACUUCUAAACUGGGCUAAGAUCUUUUUGAACAAAAAGAUUAUGGAUAAAGUAGAUUUUCUACAAUUUUUAUUCACUGUUUAUGAAUUAAUCGUUGCCAUUGCUAAAAAUGCAAAUAAAAUGGACAAGUUGAUGAACAAGCUUUCAAGAAAGAAGCAAGAAUGGAAGGCCAAUAAUAUUAAUACUGACUUUGACUUUUUGACAAUAAGUGAUGCUGAAAAAAAAUUGGUCUUAUUACAAGCAAUUACUUUAUCAACUCCAUCAUCUUCACUAUUAAGUGAUGAUGCACCCAAUUCUCUAAAAGCAUCAAUACAUGUUUUUGCUAUUGACAUCAUUCUUCAUACAUCAGAACAUUUGACAAUAUAUGCUGAUAAUGAUGAUUUAAUUCCUAAUAUUAAAAUUUAA